ACAAGAAAAACCAAAACCCUUGUCACAAUUCUAAUUAAGAUCUGUACCAUUGGUAAUUUCCCUCACAACCUUCUUAUUGAACAUAUUGUGCCAAGCAAUCAAAAUUAGGCCCAACCACAAACAAUUCUGAAUUUUCUUCCUCAACCCAUAAAGAAAAUACAAACCCUUUUCCUUAAUGAAAAAUUCCUCUCAAUGAAAAACACAAAUACGCUAACAACCCACCUUGAUACCAGCCUUCCGCAUAUUAGUAUCAAAACACUUCCCAUUUCCACAGCAUAAGUUUCCUAAUAGUCUUCUUUCUCAAAUAUGAAAUUGUAAGGCUACAAAUUAAAGCAACGAUUAUCAAAAUCAAACUCACCCAUUCGAGGAGAACCCAUACAGUUAGCUUCUCUUUCUUCCAAAUCCUUAGGCAGGUCCUCUUCAAAUGACGAUCUCCUCCUCCUGCACUGUUUUUUCAAUAGACCUAAAUUUGGUAAUCUGUCCAACCUCCUUACUCCUGUUUUUUCCAACCUUGGCUUCCCCUUUUAAGAGAUGAAUGUAAAGGAAGAAACCAACAAAUGAGGGCACAGCAUUCAUGCAUAAGCAAAUUAACCGUACUUGUGAUAUGAUUAAAAGGUUUACCUCUGUUAGUUUAAGUGAUUCAUCAAAGAAGAAAUAUGAAGCAUCUUCUAGUGCCCUGGUGUUGAAGUUGGUGAUGGCCUGUAUUUGUUGGGAACUUGUUUGUUUAUUAAACGAGAACGUGUAGAGACAUAUUUCUUUCCAUAACAGAAGUCAGAGAUUAAAGUUUCUUGGCUAAGGCAAGAGUGGAGAGGGAGGAAGCUGAUAGUAAAAGGCCUUAAUGUUGUAUGCUUAUUAAUGUCUAGCUGUUUUGACCUAUAGGAGUUGAGAUUUGAAACUCUGUAUUGUUAUAUAUGCAUACUUCUAAUAUUUGUAAUGUGUAGGGUUUAAGAUGUUAAACACCUCUUUUUAAAAAACUUUGACGUGAUAAUUGAAAUAAAGACAGUAAUAUUUA